AUGCCCACCGCCCACGCCUCUGGGAACGAAGGUGUGGAGUUGGCCUUGAGACGUGGCAAUGAGCAUGCCACGCAGAUGCUUGUACAAACCCCAGGUGAUGAGGACUUUGCUCGAGACUCGAGAAGAAGAAGCAGUCUGGCAGACAUGAGACAGGAUUUGGAGGAUCUGGAACAGCAGCCUCGAUGGCGUUGGCGAGCAAAGGUGGCGCUGGUCUUCUACACCUUAGCACGUAUCAUUCUUAACCUUCAAUUCACAGAGAGAGAAGUCUGGGAGCCGGUUGAGUAUGGGUAUCGGAAGACGCCAGAGUAUCAUGUCGAUUUCCAUAAGGUUUGCGACGCUAUCUGUCGGCCCCUCGUGACUGGCUGUGGGCUCUACAUGUUUGUCCAUAGGCUUGACCGGUUCUCCUGGAGCAACCAGCUACAGCUUCUCAGUUUCAUCACGAUGUGUUGCCUCUCGCUGCCCCUGAGUGACGAGAGCGUGGAGCACCUGUUGAUUUAUUUCUUUCGGGAAAAAUGGCCGAGUAAUGUAUCAAUGCUUUGCUGGGAGGUCCUUUGCAACGUCCUGCAGGUGUAUAUGACCAUCCUCAAGCUGCGAGCUCUCCGCUGGCAUCGGACAGCCCACUGGUGUGGAGUUCUCACAACACUUGGCAUUUGUUCGCUUGCUGUGUUCCUGCUGAACAACCUGUACUGUUGGCUCGUAGUCAUGGACCCGAGAGCAAUCGCCAAUCUGUGCAUACGCACUUGGUGCUGCUGCUGCUUUACAGUCUUGGCAAUCCAGUGUUGGGCUCUAUGCCGUGCAGCAAGCAGAGCUAUGGAGCAAGCAAGAGGCAAUGAUCCCAUGUGGUGGACGGCAUGCCUUCUGUAUGCAAAUGCUUGCUUGGUCCCCCUAGGCCCUGCUUUGAGUUUUGUCGGCAUGUUCGCGUUCUUGCCAGGAGAGUUUUUGCCGCUCACACUUUUGACUCUUGAUGUGUCCUUCCAAGUCUUCAAUGUCCUCUUGCUCAGCGGCAUGGUCGGUACCGUGCCGAUGAAUCUGGAGGCUUUGCAGAAGCUUGCCGAGUCGUCAGGUUUUGGUUUGGCUUCCGCACGUGUUGCCUUUCCAGGGCACAUCAGCCAGAGUGCAGCGGACUGCGUUGUAUCUUUCCCGGGAAAAUACAGUGACCUCUGGGACAGGGCUGUUUGA